UCCUUUUCUUAUACGCUGAAUCCGAGAUCUAGUUUGAAAACCAGACUCCGAGCCUGGCGUGGGUUAGACGUGCUUUCCUGCUCUAACCCUGCGCGGCGGAAUCGGAAAGCUCUUCGCCAGGGGGCCUGAGGCACCGCCGAAUGACGACGACUCGCCUCCCGUCCUCUCUCGGCGGGGUCUGCAGCAAAACAGGUGGCCGCUGGAGGCCGCCCUCGAGCGGAGGCUGCGUCUGAUGCCGGGCUCGUUGGCGGAAGCGGCGCUCGCGUACAUUUUGUGUCAACUGGGCAGCACCCGGAGCGGAGGGGGAGACGUGGCUGCCGGGAAGGCUGUUGCCUGCAGUUAUGGAGGCGCGGAACAUGAACCUGCCUCGGGGCCCGGAGAACCUGUGCUUCGACAAGGACGAGUUCAUGAAGCCAGACUUUGAUGUCGAUCACUUUGUGUCUGAAUGCAGAAAACGUGUUCAAUUAGAAGAGCUCCGGGAUGAUCUUGAGCUCUACUACAAACUUCUUAAAACUGCCAUGGUGGAGCUCAUAAAUAAGGAUUAUGCAGACUUUGUUAAUCUUUCCACCAAUCUGGUUGGCAUGGAUAAAGCCCUUAACCAGCUUUCAGUGCCUUUGGGACAGCUGCGAGAAGAAGUAAUGAGUCUUAAAUCAUGUGUCAGUGAAGGAAUCAAAGCAAUUGAUGAGCGUGUGUCUAAGCAAGAAGAUAUCAGAAGAAAAAAGAUGUAUGUAUUGAGACUUAUUCAAGUCAUCAAAUCAGUUGAGAAAAUUGAAAAAAUUCUGCACUCCCAAAACUCUAAGGAAAUGUCGUCGUUAGAAGGAAGCAGCCCUCUUCUGACUGGGCAGAUUUUAGAGAGAAUUGCCACGGAAUUCAACCAGCUACAGUUUCAUGCAGUACAGAGCAAAGGAAUGCCCCUUCUAGAUAAACUGAGGCCACGUAUAGCUGGGAUAACAGCUAUGUUGCAGCAGUCGCUGGAAGGGUUGCUUUUAGAAGGCCUUCAGAGUUCCAACGUUGACAUAAUACGCCACUGUUUGCGAACCUAUGCAACAAUAGACAAAACGCGGGAUGCUGAAGCAUUAGUUGGCCAGGUGCUUGUGAAACCCUACAUAGAUGAGGUGAUUGUGGAGCAGUGUGUACAGUCUCAUCCUAAUGGCCUUCAAACAAUGUACAAUAAAUUGCUAGAGUUUGUUCCUCUCCAUUGCCGUCUCUUGCGUGAAGUAACAGGGGGAGGUAUCUCAAGUGAAAAGGGAAAUACUGUUCCUGGUUAUGAUUUUUUGGUCAAUUCUGUGUGGCCUGAAAUAGUUCGUGGCUUGGAAGAAAAGCUGCCUUCAUUGUUUAAUCCUGGCAACCCUGAUGUGUUUCAUGAGAAAUACACUAAAAGCAUGGAUUUUGUAAGGAAAUUUGAACGGCAGUGUGGCUCACAAGCCAGCGUGAAAAGACUGAGGUCACAUCCGUCGUACCACAGCUUUAAUGAUAAAUGGAACCUUCCCGUUUAUUUCCAAAUCAGGUUUAGAGAAGUAGGGGGAACCUUAGAAGCAGCCCUCUCCAAUGGGUUAGAAGAUGCUCCAGCUGAAAGUCCAUAUUGCCUCCUGGCUACACACAUGGCGUGGUCAAGUCUGCAGAAAUGUUGGUCAGAUCAAAUGUUCCUACCAUUGCUAACCCACCGCCUAUGGAAGCUUUCCCUGCAGGUCAUAGCACGCUACUCUUUUUUUAUCAGUGAGCUUCUUCUCAGGCCUGUCUCCAACGAAAGAACAAAGGACAAUAAAAAAUCCUUGGCAAGCAUUAGCAAGGAACCCCCCCUGAACCCAAGCCCUGUUGAGGACCAAGGACUGGACUCUUCUCCAGAAGCACAGCCUUUGCCUUCCAUAUCCACUGCUCAACUAGUUCUUGUUGCUGCAGAUCUGGAUAAACUUCAGGAAUGGCUACCUGAAUUGCUGCAAAUUAUGAAACCAAAACUUGAAACGGUUGGCUUUAAGAACAUAGCCUGCAUCUCAGGAGCACUGGAAGAUUCAAAGGAGUCAUUACUGGGUUGCUGGCCGAUCUUAAACAGUAAGAUUAUGCAGGAUUUAAGUGACUCUUGCUUCAGUUGCCUGAAAAGUGCCCUAGAAGUCCCAAGAAUUUAUAGAAGAACUAAUAAGGAGGUACCAACUAAGGCGUUGCCUUAUGUUGACAGUGCCCUUAAACCCUUCUACCAGCUGAAGAAUGAGUACAAAGAUACUUUGAAACCAGUUGUAAUUGAGCACUGGUUUGAAGGCGCCCUCAGUAAUAGCACUCAGAAGUACUUUGAGACUAUAUCAGAUAUUCUGAAUUCUGUAAAGAAAAUGGAAGAAAGUUUGAAAAGGCUGAAGCAGGCUAGGAAAACUGUGACCACAAACAGUCCCUCUCCAAAUGGUGGCAUGAGUGAUGAUAACAAAAUCCGCUUGCAGUUGGCCUUGGAUGUGGAGUACUAUGGAGUUCAGAUGCAGAAGAUUGGAUUGCAGUUGAGCAACAUCAAAAGCUUUUCAGCUCUUUCAGAGCUUGUUCAGGCUGCCAAGGAUCAGAUAUCAGCAGAACAAACAUAGCAGUUUCCAGAAGUGUGAUGAAAGCCAGUCUGGCCUGAAACAGGAGUGGGUUUAUUUUUAUUCCUCUCGCCAAAUACUAUGUAGCGAUGAAGAGCUUCCUAAUGCAGCUUCAGCAACAAGUCAGAUACAUCUGAUCUCGAGAUUCACAAAGGCUCGUUUCACCAAAAAGAGGGACCUUUCAAUACUCUAGUUUUCCAUUAUAUGGAAGACUUUAUAGAUUUCUAGACAUUCUACCACAGAGCUAUGGAAGUCUUUUUAUUUUUGUUGUAAAUCUUAUUGUGAAUGAAAGCUGAUUUAAUAUGAUUACAAAUAAAGAAAGGCAUUGUCUUCCUUUGUAACCUGUUA